AGACACCUACCCACACAAACCUUUGGAAUCCUACUACUAUCCCCUAGACUAUGGCAAAUCCCAAAUCGAGCGGUGGCAAUAAGUCCAAGGGCAAAGGACACCAACACCGGCAGUCGCAGCAAAAUUCGCAUCAGCAGCAGCAGCAGCAGCAGCAGCAGCAGUCGCAGCAGUCGCAGCAGCCGCAGAUGCAAACCCAGAUAACACCCGCACCGGUGGCAUCUACCAAUUUGAACACGCCCACCGCCACGCCGCUGGCCUCGCAUCCUUCGGAGGACACCCUGGCCUUGGCCGCAGCCGUCGCCGCCUCGAUUCCAGCUGCCCCCCUUGCUCGACCCCUGCCCGAUCGCCGCACCACCACACCGGCAGUGGUGACAACGACCAGUAACAGUUCGUCGGAGACCCGAAAUGCCUCCGAAAAUCUGGCCACCUCGAGAACCGCAUCGGCGGCAGUCGCCGCCUCUGAGAACAGGCGCGGCAUCUUACAGCGGCUCUUCGGAUGGAGCUCGUGAUGGGUUCCCCUUCUCGCCAACAACAAAUCCUCCAGCAAACCGUGCACUUUAUCGAAGUUUUAUCCAUUAGAUUCUUGAACCGAUAAUGCAAUCGAAAAUUCUUAAUUCAAAUAAAAAUUGAUAUAAAUUUUAAAUU